CGUCUUUUAAAAAUUCAACUUUAUACUGUGCGAUGCUGGAUAUUUUCUUAGACCGCUGAUGAAUAAUGUUUAUUGUUAAACAGCACUGAAAAUAAAUUAAUCGGGGACUGUUGGCCAUCGUUGGCAGUUGCGGGAUCUCGUGUUACGGUGCAGUGGUCCAUUUUGGUGGAGGAAUAAUCGACGGAAUUUGAGGUGCUGCGGAGCAUACAGCCAUGGCUUCCACCUCGCUGAACGCGUCCUUAUCGGCCAGCAGCAACGCGCACAACACCUCGCUGCUGAGCAGCUCCUUCCUGGCCAACGACCGCAGCCUCCUCAACACCUCGGGCCUGCCUGCCACCACGGCCUCGGGCUCGCGGACCCCCAAGAACAAGGAGGACGGUGGGCGCCACGCGGGGGCGGGCGGCCGAUCGCGCGACAACUCCGCCGGACGCGUCACUUCCAGCUCCAAAUCCCGCACUCCCCGACUCGGGAAAUCGCCGAGCGCCGCUCCCGCUUACGACCGCUUCAUCCCCAAACGGUCGGGCUCGCUGAGCAAUCUGAGCUGCGCGGCCUUGUCGCUGAAGGGCAGCCUGGAGGAGUCGGUGUUCCAGGACGGGGAGGCCAGUCCGCGCAUGGUGGAGUCGCGGCGCAGUCUGAGCAACGCGCUGCUGGGCGACCAGAAGAAGGACCGCAUCCUGGAGUUCCGCGCCAAGCCGCCGCCCGCGCCCGAAGUGUGCCUUGCAGGCUCCACCAACCCCUUCUCCUCGCUGUACACCCACGCCAUCAGCAAGACCGGCGCCCACAACGCCAAGAAGAUCCCGCGCGCCAUCCCCGCCGUUCCCUCCCGCAUCUUGGACGCGCCCGACCUCCUCAACGAUUACUAUCUGACGCGGCUGGACUGGGGCGGGCGCAACAUGCUGGCGGUGGCGCUGGGCGCCGCGGUGUACCUGUGGAACGGGGAGACGGCGGCGAUUGACGAGCUGUUCAGCUGCGCCGUCGAGGGCGAGCAGCGCUACGUGUCCGGCGUGUCCUGGCUGCAGGCCGGCAACUUCCUCGCCGUCGGCAUCAGUAACGGAGAGGUGCAGAUCUGGGACGCCAACGAGAAGCGGCGCGUGCGCGUGCUGGGCGGGCACAGUGAGCGCGUCGGCUGUCUGGACUGGAACCAGCACGUGCUGGCCAGCGGCUGCAAGUCCGGCGCGGUGCACUACCACGAUGUGCGCGUCAAGGAGCACUACUUCUGCUCCCUCAGGGCCCACUCCCAGGAAGUGUGCGGACUGCGGUGGUCGCCGGAUGGGCGCUACCUGGCCAGCGGCGGCAACGACAACGUCCUCAACAUCUGGCCCUGCCCCGCUCCCGGGAAAGGGCCCGGACUGGUCGGCGACACUUCGCACGAGCACCCGCUCUACGCCUUCACGCUGCACCAGGCCGCCGUCAAGGCCGUGGCGUGGUGUCCGUGGCAGUCGUCGGUGUUGGCGUCGGGCGGCGGCACGGCGGACCGCUGCGUGAAGGUGUGGAACAUCAACAUGGGCAGUCUGAUCUGCAGCAAGGAGACGGGCUCGCAGGUGUCGGGGUUGGUGUGGUCGGAGGAGUACCGCGAGGUGGUCACGGGCCAUGGCUACGCCAAGAACGAGCUCAUCUUGUGGAAAUAUCCCUCCUUCGAGCGCAUCGCCGAGCUCACCGGCCACACGGACCGCAUCCUGGACGUGUGCCUGAGCAGCGACGGGUCGACGGUGGUGUCGUCGGGCGCCGACGAGACCAUCCGCCUCUGGCACAUGUUCCCCGUGGACCUGGAGAAGCGCAAGAAGGCCGAGCGCGACAAAAUCCAGCCCACGGGACUGGCGCGCCAGUGCCUCCGCUGAGACGUGCCUCUGACUCGCUUCCACGAUGGAUCUCCGCAAUCUGGCAUUUUUUAUCCUGUUUUGUUGGACCGAUUCCCGCGUUUUCCACUGUUUUACCUUCCUGUCUUGAUUUUUCCUGUCUUGGCUUUUUUAAUGGUUUAUACGCCGAUGAGCGGGCACAAUUUUGAAGUGGUUUUUUGAGAGGAUUUGCUCUGGUAAAUUGCUAACGAUGUUGACCGUGUGCCGGCGACAAUGAAAUGAAAGAGGAAUAUUGCUGAAUAAUGAUGAAUCGUUCCACAACGCGGGCGGUUGACAAUAGCGACCGGCCUCUUCAUUUGACUGACAGAGCGCAGCAGCGUGUCUGUUCUUCACGUGCUGCUCCCGCUUUGUUGAGAAAACACUGCCUCACACUUGAGUCCAUCAUUC